UAUAAAUAAAAAAGGAAUGUUACAUAUAAAGUUUAGUCAAGUCUACGGUUUCGUUCGUCUUAAGCACUGAAGCUAUUCUAGGGUUUGUAAAAUCCACCAGCGAUGAAAAAUAUGGAGCAGCAGUCCUCGGAGGGUCUAGUAUUAACCACAUCCGGACAUGAAACACAAUCAGCAAACUCGGUAAGAGAAUACUCAGUCCCACCAAUCCCUGAUGAUAUGCUUAUGGAGAUAUUCUCUCGAGUCCCGGCAAAGUCUAUAGCUAGGUUUCGUUGCGUAUCGAAAUUCUUGGGGUCCAUCCUUCGCCGUCCUGAUUUCAAUUACUUGUUUCUUACUAAGUCUUUGACUCGUGGACGGUUCCUUUUCGCCUUAGAAGUUGAUGAAAAGUUGUUCUUCUGCUCUUCACCUCAGCCUCAUAAUCCAAACGAUAACUCUUCUCUUGUAGCCACCCCUUAUCAAACGCCUAUGAUCUUUCCAGAAAAGAUUUCAUUUGAUAACCCUAGCACACUCUGUAGGUUGGUAUUACCUCGGCAGAUGCGGGUGAUUUGUAACCCUGCCACUGGAGAUUUUCUAACCUUACCGAAUGUUCUUAAAGAAAACAUCUUACCCAAUGGUAACCCUGUAGUGUUUGAAAGAUUGUAUUUUGGGUAUGAUCCGAUCGGAAAACGGUUUAAAGUGUUGUGUAUAACCUCGUCACGUGAUGAAAGACCCAAUACUUAUCAGGUCUUGACGUUGGAAUCUGGAAAGCUUUUAUGGAGAAUGGUCGAAUGCAAGUUCCAUUUUGAGACGACCCUUGGUAGAACUACUGAUAUAUGUAUAAAUGGUGUUUUGUAUUUUGAAGCUAAGAUGGAGAAAUCUACUGUUAUAGUUUGCUUCGACGUUAGGUCUGAGAAGUUCGGCUUUAUUAACAUGGAACAAAAGCGUGCAUGUGAGUUGGAUUCUUUGGAACUUUUUAAUUACAGAGGUAAAUUAGGUAUACAUCAUAAGAAGGAUGAUAUAUAUGGGACAAGACUUGUGCUGUGGGUUCUAGAAGAUGCUAGAAAUCAUAACUGGUGCAAGCUGGAUUACGCAUUGUCUCCUUUGGAUAAAGAGAUGGUCAAGCAUACCAAGUUUGUUGGAGUGACUGGUAGAGGUGAAAUUGUAUACUCGUCAUACCCCUUCCGCCCUGUAAACUGGUACUUCCUUCUCUUCAACAAUGUGGAGAGUAUGACUUCUACAAGAGUCAAAGUUGAGGGACUUGAAGUUGAAGAGGGUAAGAAGGAUCAUUUUAUAAACACAUUGAUAGGCUACGUGGAGAAUUUGGAGUUUAUGUAAUAAAUGUGUAUGUAAAGGCUUUCACAUAUUUCUCGUUUUCAAGUUGUUUGUGUAUUUCAAUUUUUUUCAUG